UGUGUGCGUUGAUACAACCUAUAAUGCAAAAGUGAACUGACUCACUAGGACUAGUGUGCUCCUCUGUGCGACAGUUCACUAUCGGACGCUGCUCCAAUGCCCUGGAUCACAGCGUCUGUCUCCUCGCAGGACCCGUCGGCUCUACCCACAGUUCCCCGCGCUCAGACAAGAUGGAGGAAAGCAGCAGCUGCGGGAGAACAAUGUUUGGACUCUGAACGUUAAAAGAAACGACCGAGGGGGGAAAUACAAACACGGAGAGACAACGGCGGACAUGCACUGGAUGAGUGAGGUGGCCUUGCAUUGAAGCAGUCCCUAUCGCCCUUGUUCCAGCAUCAGCGUCAGUGUGAUAACACUCUGAGCCUAGCACCUUCAACAUGAGCCUGAUCCAGGACAAACUUGGCAAUGAGUUCCUCCGCUCUAACGGUGGCAUGGAGCCAGGCUUUGGUCCGGGCAUGCUCAUGUUCAGUCACCUGCCCCCUGUUACUAGCUUCACCCGAUUGGCCAGUCAAACCGUUAUGGCUGACCUGCAGCCCCACGAGAUGAUCUUGAAGAAGGAGAGGGACUCGCCGGACUGUGGAGGAGGAGGGCUGAGUGCUGGAGGCAUGGGUGGUGGAGGUGGCAUAGGAGGGAUGAUGGGAAGCAUGGGAGAUUACGUUCAUGCCAUGGGCAUUAAACAGGAGAAGGUCUCUGAACAUGAUUACAGGCUGCCUCUCUACCCGGGAGGUGGAGCUGGAACUGGAGUACGAAGUGGAGGAGAGUUGCUGGAGGUCUCGCUGGGCAACCAUCAGAACCUGGUGGUGCACGACCUCAGUCUGGGAAACCUGUCAGGACGGCUGGUAAAGGAAUCCUCAGGGAGGAAAGGUCGGAGGUCAAACGGCGAGGGACAGGAGGGCAAGACACGGAGGAAACGAGGAGAGUCAAAGUCAAUGAUGCUGGAUCCAGAUGGAGGGAGCUUGUCUCCAAACUCCAAACCGCACAUCUGUGAGCACUGCAGUGCAGCGUUUCGGAGCUCCUAUCAUUUACGCAGACAUGUGCUUAUACACACAGGUGAGAGGCCUUUCCGCUGCACUCAGUGUAACAUGAGCUUCAUUCAGAAAUACCUCUUACAGAGACACGAGAAGAUCCACAGUGGAGAGAAGCCAUUCAGCUGUGACCAGUGCAACAUGCGUUUUAUUCAGAAGUAUCACAUGGAAAGACACAAGAGAACUCACAGUGGAGAAAAGCCAUACAAGUGUGACACCUGCCAACAGUAUUUUUCCAGAACGGACCGGUUGCUGAAGCACAAGCGGACGUGUGGAGAUGCCAUUAAAAAGGGUGUGGAUGGAGCAGAGCACGAGUUGGGCUCAGCAGGCGACGGAGAACACGGCAGCUACGGAAUCUCUCAGGGAAAUGCAGCUACGCCCAGCCGCAAACGGGGCAAGACAAAAAAUGCUGGUGAGGGGGGUGAGCGAAAACGUAAAAAGUCAUCCGGGUCUAUGGGAAUGACACAUAGUCAGGGGGCGGAUGGUUACGGGGUGCAUGACUUUGGGGUAUCAACAACUUCAACUUCAGCCCAGCCGGGUCCCAGCAUGCACAGUGAACACGGACGGGCUCCCAAGAUGGCCUUUAAGAAGGGGAACAGGAAGUCCCUGGAGAAGAAUAUUCACCCCAUGGAUCAGUCCAAGCCAGGAGGCAUGGAGUUGCCUGCAGGAGGAGGCUUGGACAGCCUCGGGCUUCUUUCAGGUCCAGGGGCCAAAGUUGGUCCCAGCAGCAGUAACUAUGAUGAUGCCAUGCAGUUUCUGAAGAAGAGGCGAUACCUCCAUGUGCCGAACAAUGGGGGCCCUGCUUCUGGAGCUUCGGACUACGAUGUAGGCGUCAGUCAUCUGCAGUCGCAGCCGACGGUUAUCCAGGGUGUCGUUUCUGGGGUCCUAGAUGGUGACGCCGCACUGGGCCUCCUGGACACGUCCCCUCUGGGAGAUAUAAAGCAGGACAAGUCUGGUAUCCCAGAUGAAGUUCUCCAGAGCUUGUUGGACCACUAUGCUCACAAGCCUGAUGUGACCUUCGACAUCACCGAUCCCCAUCACGUCGAGCUCCAGCCAGCCGCCACAGAUUCUGCAGACCCGCUGGGAACCGAUGACGCCCCGUCAAGUCCCAACAGUGGCGACAAAGCCGUAAUCAUGCACGAGUACUCACGUUUUCUCCUACAGGCACUAGAGAGGACCAGUCACAGCGCAAUCUUCCCCUUGGGUUCCAGUCCUGGUUCUGCCGUGACUACAACGGGACAUUUUACAGGCCCUAGCCCGCUUUUGUCAGACAAGCAUGUGUAUACUUCCUCACCUCUCGAGUACUCGUUCUCUCAACCUGUCUCGUCUUCGCCCUCCCUUUUGUCUGUGCCAAAGUCCCACUUUGGUCUCCUCGAGGGCUCAUCGCCUCCAACGGGCUUCCACUUGAGCAGCCUGGAGCCGCACACGCAGCAGCUCACACCUUCCCAGGAGCUCACCGAACAGCUGGACAAGCAGCACACCUCCCCUCCGCCGCCUCCACACACCCCCAACACCAACGCCUACCAGAUCACACCUCAGCCUCCCGACCUGGGCGGUCCGAAGGAACCGCAAGGGCCGAAAAACGGAGCCGCAGCCACCACUGGAGGAUUCUCCCUGGCUGCGUCCCAGGACCUAGACACGCUGGACCCAGCCAAGGCUCCUUAUCAGAUUGAGAACUUUGCCCAGGCUUUUGGGGCGCAGUUUAAAGGGGGCAGAGUGUCCCUGGCCUUCAGCAGUGACUCGGGGGGAGAGGUGACUCACCGCUUACACACAUCAGUCUCCGAAUUCUCAGGGUAUAGCAAUCUCUUGGCUGAUGCCAGUGACCCAGUCAGCAGUGGCUCCAAAACCCCAACAAGCCAAAGCUACAGGUGACUUGGAGAGAGAUAAAGAGGGAUUGAGUUUGUGAAAGGAGGCCUGUGACUGACAGCGUAAAUCCCCUUCGCCCUGUCCUUUUUUUCCCUUGGAUUGCGAAGCCAAGAGCUAUACACUAGAGGGCGCUGCAUGCGAGCGUGUAAGUGCCUCUUGGCACAGGCCAAAUCAUGUGAUUCUUCUGUGCCUGUCUGGCUUGCUCUUCCCUCUCUCCCUCCAUCCACUCCUCCUUUCCCUUCUUUGUCAGAAAGAAUCCCAUUUAGCACUUUUUUGAUCCUGUUUAUUUUACACCGUGAAUGAAACUACCCAGGAUGAUCACACAGAAUGUGAACUGUGUAACUGACAUGCUGUUUUUAAAAGGGGGCAGUGGACAGAAAAGGGGCGGGAUUCAUUUUAGGAAGCGUAGAUUAUGUUGACAAGACCAAUGAUGAGGUCUUUCGUAUGGAAAACUUUAGUUUCAAUGGGAUGUGUUUGCUGGAAUUAAGGGUGGGCUUUUCUUGGGGUGGGAGCGUUGGGUGUCUUUUUUUAUAUUUUAUUCCCAGCUUCUCAUGGAUGUAGGGCAGGUUAUAGAGAGGGAUUUUUCUUCUCCUUGUUGUUUUAUUUCAAAAGUAUUGGGUUGGGAAAAUGUGUUUUGUGUUAAAAUGGCCCCUGUUGUACCAAGCCUUUCACCAGAGGCGACUUGUAAAAAGUCCGGCUCUUAGUAAUUUAUAUAGUAUUGGUUCUAAAUAUACUGUCUAAACAGUCCAAAAGGAAUUCAGAAAACAUUGCAGUGUGCAUGCAGGGCAAAGUAUUACCUUGAACUACAUUUUUAUAUGUUUGAUUUUGUACUGUAGAAGUAUUAUUGUAAUUUUUUUUUUUUUAAACGAUCAAUAACUGUCUUCCAUCAGCGCUGUUGGCUGCUGUUACACUGUCCUUGAAUUACUGUCAUCUAAUGUUGUUCCUUCUUUCAUGUGUUUUACCUA